AUGAGCGUCAGGAAACCAAAGCCGCGGCUGACGCCGGCCUGGUCAGCGCUGCCUCCGAGCUCCGGGAGCGGCUCUGCCUCGGAUGUGAGCGGAAAGUUCCGUCACCUGACGGGGCCAGGGCUGGGCCGGGCCGGGCAGUGCCAGGACGGGGAGCUCAGGGUGGGCUGGGGAGGUGACACCAAGUGCUGCCCCAAUUGCACCUGGGAGGCAGGAAACACCAAGCCCUGCGAGAAGGCGAAGCCAGACCUGGACUGCCAAUGUCCCCGGGGGUACGGCUGCUCUGGGAACCCGUGCCAGUACUGCAGGAAACUGCCCCAGUGCGCGGCGGGCUGGGAGCUCAGCAGGAUCGGAUCUCAGAAUUCGCUCUUUGAGUGCAAACGCUGUGAGAACGGCACCUUCUCCAGCACCAGGAACAGCUGGUGCCGCAACUGGACCGACUGCGGGAGCCGAGGGCUCGGCACGCGCCGCCCGGGGAACGCCACGCACGACGCGGAGUGCGGAGCGCCCGCCCCCGCCCCGGAGCACAAAGCCCCGGUUGCGCUGGAGUUCCCCUCCAGCACCAUCCUGGCCAUCCUGGUGGCCGUGGCCGUGUUCGUGCUGGUCCUGCUCACGUUCCUGCUGCACUUCUGCAUCUGGAGCCUCCACAGGAGCCCCAAACUCCUGCUCGGGGCCGCAGACUCGGGCCCGGCGUUCCCGCGGCUGCCCCCGCGGCCGGCGCAGGGGGAGGAAAGCUCCAGCAUCCAGUUCCCGGAGGAGGAGCACGGCGACAAGAGCGAGGAGAAGCUCUCGGUGCUGUCCCUCAAGGUGUACAGCGAGCUCCGAUAGGGGAUGCGGUGCGGGAGGGAGCGAUCCCGGGAAUGCGGGGCUGGGAUUCCCAAACCCACCGGGCAGCGCCGCGCUGGGACCGAGGAGCUUCUCCCCAGGAAACGGAGCGGGUUCGGGGAGAGCUUGGGGUUGGUUUUGUCUAAAAAAGCGGGAUUUAGGGAUAAAUCCUGCUGGGGCUGGUUCCGGAGGACAGGAGCAGGGAGAUCCUGAUCUUCAGGGGUGGGAAUGGCGGCCACAUCCAUCUCCUGCUUUCCCUCAUCAUCUCCUGCUUUCCCACAUCAUCUCCUGCUUUUCCCACAUCAUCUCCUGCUUUCCCUCAUCAUCUCCUGCUUUCCCACAUCAUCUCCUGCUUUUCCCACAUCAUCUCCUGCUUUCCCACAUCAUCUCCUGAUUUCCCUCAUCAUCUCCUGCUUUUCCCACAUCAUCUCCUGCUUUCCCUCAUCAUCUCCUGCUUUUCCCACAUCCAUCUCCUGCUUUCCCUCAGUUUUCCAGCCCUGCCCCACUGAGUCAUUCCCAACCCCAUUCCAGCCUCUCCCGACCCCAUUCCUGCUCCCACCCCAAAGAUUCCCUUGGGAAGCUCCUCCUGUGCCACCAGGGAUUUUCCUGGAAAAUUUCCAAGGAAAAUCAGGAAAAAAGGGGAGCGAAGCUCAUGCAGGGACUGGUCAGAGCUCUGGAAAAAUGGAGGGAAUGGGAAAAAAUCCUGGCAAAUGCUCUCAGGUGGGAUUCGGGGAUUUCUGAUCCCUGUGGAGCCCUUCCCACUUGGGAUAUUCCAAGAUUUUUGAUGUAAUUCCAGCAGGUUUGGGAAGUUUUUGGGCUGGCCCCCUGUGGAGGUGCCAGUGCCAAAGCGCCAACAUCUGUAUUGAUAAUUAUGGAUAAUUAAGGAUAAUCCAGGACAAGUUUCUCAUGGAAAUUCCCGGGAUUUCAGAGGAAUUGCUCAUGGAUUUAAACCUCUGCUGGAGGAUCCCUGGAUUGUGGGCUGGGAGCCCUGGGAAUGUUCCCCUGGAGCAGGACUGGGGUGAGGGACGGAGGGAAAA